AUGAAGAAUCAAUUGCGUAACGAAGCGUGGCGCUCUUAUACGAAUGAGCGUAACGAUAAAGUCAGUCGAGAACAUAGAUGCAGAAAGAAAGACGAGGCUCUACCAACUCUUCCAGUACCAUGCUUGGAAGCUACAAUGCAAAAAUAUUUGGCCCAAGUUGAAGCGGUUGCUCCGAAUUAUUUAGAAAAGACACGAAAUCUUGUUAAAGCUUUCCUCACUGGGCCAGGACCAAAACUGCAACAACGUCUUAUAGAACGAAGUCAGAAAGUAACUAACUGGGCAACAGAUUGGUGGAUAAACGAUAUGUAUUUAUCGAUUCCUCUCGAGCUUCCGAUUAAUGUCAACCCUGGCCUUGUAGCAAGACCGAAACAAUUUGCUAGUCAACGAGAUGCUGCAGUCUUCCUUGCACGCUUUCUUACCGAGCUUCUUGGUUAUCAGGAGACUCUUGACAAGUCACAACUGGAAGUAGAACGUAUAAAAUCUAAAGAUGGUAAAACGAUGCAACCCCUUUGUAUGGCGCAACAUUAUCAAAUGUUUCGACUUUAUCGAAGACCCGGAUGUUCCGUCGAUGAACGUAUACAUUUGAAUAGAGCAUCUUCUGGAGAUCAUAUAAUAGUCGCUCAUCAUAACCAAUUUUAUAAUGUCCCGGUAAGAGCACCAGAUGGAGAACGUAUUACAGAAGCAGAUUUGACUCAACAAAUCUUCAAAAUCAUGGAAAUCCCAGCUGAUGAGAAAGUAGUCCCCGUUGGUAUUCUAACUACUGCAAAAAGACCAGUUUGGGCUAAAGCUAGAGAGGAACUUUUAAAAAAUGAGCUAAAUCGACGCAGUAUCGAAUUGCUCGAGAACUGCUUAUGUAUCGUAUGCAUCGAUGAUGACGUUCUACCAACAACGUUUAACAACCCCUACCGUAAAGAGGAUUGCUGGCUAGGUAACCGCGACUACGCAAAUGUACUCCACCACGCACUCCAUGGUGGAGGUUCGCGAUAUUUUGCUGCCAAUCGCUGGUUCGAUAAGACCGUGCAUAUUAUUUUAGGAAAGGAUGGCUUGUGGGCUCUUAUGUACGAGCAUUCAGGUGGUGAAGCUCCGGCAAUAUUUAGAAUCUUCGAGGAACUAACGGAAACUGUCAACGCCCUACCAUCAUCAGAGAAUAUUCUUCGUUCUUAUUUAACGGAACCAGAGAAACUUGAAUGGUGUUUAUCUGAACAAAGUUGCAAGGACAUAUUAGAAGCUAUGAGCUCAAUCGAUAUGCUUGUAGAAGAUUUAGAUUUAUGUAUUUUAUGGUUCAAUGAAUAUUCAAAGGAAUUUAUUAAAAGUUGCAAUAUUAGUCCAGAUGUGUACAUCCAAUUAGCAUUACAACUAACUUAUUUUCGACUUCAUGAGCAUCUGGUGUCGACGUAUGAGAGCGCAAGCGUUCGAAGAUUUGCUCUGGGUCGGGUGGAUGUAAUUAGAGCCGCGAGCCCAGAAGCUCUCGCUUGGGUGAAGGCAAUGUGUCAAGGUGACCCACAAGCUCACGUAGGUGGUAUUGUGCAAGAGGAAGGCGCCAAAAAAGUUCAGUUCACCAUUUACAGUAAUCAAAAAAUUAAGGAACUAUUCAACAAAGCCGUUCAAAGACAAACAAAAGAAAUGUUAGAUAAUAUAAUAGGUCAGGGAAUUGAUAAUCAUUUAAUGGGUUUGCGUUAUGCAGCUUUGGAAAAUGGAGAACCUAUCCCAGAAAUUUUCAACGACGAAGCUUUUAAAAUUAUCCAACACUUCGCACUCUCUACAUCUCAGAUAACAACGAAAAACGAUGUAAUCGCCGGCUAUGGUCCAGUUGUCCCAGAUGGGUACGGUUGUGGCUAUAAUGUCAGAAAAAAUGGUUUUAUUUUUUCAUGUUCUGCAUUCCACAGUGAUGAAAAUACUAGUGCAAAGAAAUUUGCUCAAACUUUAGAAAAAAGCCUGCAAGAUAUGGCACUGAUGCUCUCUAAAUAA